UCCCACGACGUCACACGGAUCCUUUCCUUCCUGCUUGCUUGCUAGCUUAGCUUCAGCUGUUGGCACUUGGCUGUCCAAGUGGUGCAUUUGUGAUCCUCCAGCUAUCCCUCAACGAAAUCGGGUCGUAUUUAGGAGAUUUUACAAUAGUUGUAGUAACAAAAGCUGCGACAUAUAGACCAGGUACUUAUAUCAGAAAGGCUUUCGAACCUCUGGGACAUGGCCAGACAAGAGCAAGUCCUCCAGCUUGAGCCACCACACGAACUGAAAUUUAGAGGUCCAUUUACAGAUGUCGUCACGGCCACCCUGAAGCUAGGCAACCCAACAGACAGAAAUGUGUGUUUUAAAGUGAAGACGACAGCGCCUCGUCGAUACUGUGUCCGUCCAAACAGUGGCAUCAUUGACGCAGGCACUUCCAUCAAUGUAUCUGUUAUGCUACAGCCUUUCGACUAUGAUCCCAAUGAAAAGAGCAAACACAAAUUCAUGGUGCAGUCCAUGCUUGCUCCAUAUGACAUGACUGACAUGGAAGGGGUGUGGAAAGAGGCAAAGCCAGAGGAGCUGAUGGACUCCAAGUUGAGAUGUGCAUUUGAGCUGCCAUUAGAGAAUGACAAAACUCAUGACAGUGAAAGCAACAAAAAUGUGUCCUCUACCCCCAUAAAGUCAGAGCUCUCCUCACUCCCUAAGUCUGCCAGCUCCUCCCUGGAUGACGGCGAGGUGAAGAAGAUCAUGGAGGAGUGCAAGAGGCUGCAGAUGGAGGUCCAGAGGCUACGGGAAGAGAACAAACAGAUCAGGGAGGAGGAUGGUCUGCGGAAGAGGAAGGUCACGUCCAUGGCGUCCUCUCCCCACUCAUCUUCCUCACAGGCCAUGAUAAGGGAGGAGGGCCUGAGUACCCGCGUGCUGGCGCUCUGCGUGCUGUUCUCCGUCAUCGGUGUCAUCAUCGGGAAAUUGGCCCUGUAGAUGUAGCCAGCGGCAGCAUGCUCGGAGGACCGAAAAAAAACAACAACAAUGGGAUGUGUACUUGUUUUUUUGCAUAAUGCAAUAUCACAUGGGUUUAUUUGAGUUGUGAAAUUAUUUACCAUAAAAAAGCAAAGGUAAUCUAGUGAAAUAAUGAAAAGAACCGGUCACGAGUCGUCUUGCCUUUUAAUCACUGUAUUUUCCAUCCCUACUUGCACAGAUACAAUACAAAUCAUUGUGUGGGGAUUGGGGAAAUUGCAACGUUGUGUUCUAUAAGCAUCAAGGAUAGCAAUGUGUUCCAGCAAGGUCAAGGCUUUUCCUACAGCAGAACUAAUGUGACUGAGUUCUAUGACAUUGUGUGAAUGUUUUAAUCACUGCUUUUUUAAGGCAAGGAGACCGAGAGGCUGCCGGUGAAUUUUAGCAUGAAGGGGGGUAAUUAUGUAAAUCCUGUCAUCCAACUGAUUCCUGUAUGAAACAUAAAAUGGAUUUUGGGGGGGUAACUGAAAAAUAAAAUGUUAACCAUAAUUUUGUCCAAGACAGACCCCUGUCCAAUGCAGUAGGUUGCUUUUUAUUUUUUAUAAUCAAUUAGAUUAAAAACAAAUUUCUAUCACA